AUGUCCGAGGUUAAACACGCAUCGGACGAAGAAGACGCCAAGCGGCAUCAAUUGCCGGGCCAAGACGGCCAUGUCGCCGCCGACACGGACACGGCCACCGCGGACGACCCAGUGUGCCCGCCGCACACCACCGAACGGCGCAUCACAACCCGGAUCGACUGGUACAUCAUCCCAUUCGUGUCGGUACUCUACCUGAUGGCAUUCCUGGACCGAGUCAACAUCGGCAACGCGCGAUCCUUCGGCCUAGAAAACGAGCUGCGCAUGGGCGGAACCGAGUACAACACGGCGCUGACCAUCUUCUUCGUGCCCUACGUGCUGUUUGAGGUGCCGUCUAACAUUCUGCUCAAGUACUUGUCCCCGCGCAUCUGGCUGUCCAUCUGCUGCGCCGGCUUCGGCGCCGUCACCAUCUUUCAGGGCCUGGUGCAGAACUACAGCGGCCUGCUAGCCACGCGCUUCUUCCUCGGCGUCUUCGAGUGCGUGCUCUUUCCAGGCUGCUUCUACCUCAUCGGCAGCUGGUACCGCCGCGCCGAGGCCCAGAAGCGCUUCUCGCUCUUCUUCUCCUCCACCUCGCUAGCGGGCGCCUUCGGCGGCCUGCUGGCCUCGGCCAUCGGCAACCUCGACUACGUACGCGGGUACCGCGGGUGGCGGUGGAUCUUCAUCAUCGAAGGGUGCUUCACAGUUCUCCUCGGCGCCAUCUUCUGGUUCACCUUCCCCGGUUUCCCCGAGCAGGCGACCUGGCUGCGAGACGACGAGCGCGAAUAUGUGAAGGCGCGGCUGCGCAAGUCGCAGGGCGAGAGCGGCGCGGACCGCCGCAUCACCUUCCGUGACGUCCGCACCGUCAUGUCGGACUAUAAGAUCUGGCUGGGCGGGUUCAUGUACUUUGGCCUGAUCGUGCCGGCGUAUUCGUACGCGUACUUUGCGCCGACUAUCUUGGGCAGCUACCACUUCGACCCCAUCACCACGCAGCUGCGCUCUGUGCCCCCUUGGGCUGUGUCGUUUGUGUUCUCCAUGAUUGUUGCUGUCUUUUCCGACUGGGCCCAGCACCGGUUUCUGUUCAUCCUGGCCCCUAUAUCGAUUGCGAUUGCCGGGUUUGCGGUCUUGCUUACCGUGCAUGACAACCUUUCGGUGCAGUAUGCCGCGCUGUUCCUGACCUGCAUGGGCACCUACUCGGCCAUGCCCAUCAUUGUGUGCUGGUUCAACAUGAAUUUGGGAGGGCAUCACCGCAGGGCCAUUGGGAGUGCCUGGCAGAUUGGCUUCGGCAACAUCGGCGGCAUCAUCGCGACCUACUCGUUCAUCAAGGAGGACGGCCCGCUCUUCACCAAGGGCUACGCCAUCUGCAUCUCCUUCAUCUGCCUCAGUGUGGUCUCGUGUGUGCUGUACGCCGCGGCCAUCACGUGGGAGAACAAGAAGCGGAGCAAGCAGGUGCGGAACCUGAACUUGACUGAGUCGGAGAAACUGGAUCUAGGGGAUUUGAACCCCGAAUUCAGGUACAUGCUCUAG